CGUUAAGAUUAUAUUCUUCGGUCGUAAUAUAAUAAUAACUGUAGCUACCACAAGACGACAUGACUCAAGAUGAGCCGAAGAAAAACACAACGGAGCCGAAAACCGCCGUUUCAAACUCUUCACCACCAUCCUCGGACGAGAAGCCCGACGAUUCCAAAGCUCUUGUUCUCUUCGUCACAAAAGAGCCUGUGGAAGAGAAGAAAGAAGGUUCAGUAAAUCGAGAUGAUGUUUUGGCUAGACUCGAGAAAGAAAAGAGGAUGUCUCUCAUCAAAGCUUGGGAAGAGGCUGAGAAAUCCAAAGUGGAGAACAAAGCUCAGAAAAAGCUUUCUUCCGUUGGAGCUUGGGAAAACAGCAAGAAAGCAGCUGUGGAAGCUGAGCUAAAAAAGAUCGAGGAACACCUCAUUAAGAAGAAGGCCGAGUACGCAGAGCAAAUGAAGAACAAAAUAGCUCAAAUUCACAAAGAAGCUGAAGAGAAGAGAGCCAUGACCGAAGCUAAACGUGGGGAAGAGAUUCUCAAAGCCGAGGAAAUGGCUGCUAAGUACCGAGCCACAGGAACUGCGCCAACAAAGCUAUUUGGAUGCUUUUGAGUUACGUGGAGAAAUGAAUUUUGAUGUUGCUUUCAUGGUUGUCGUCAUUAAUUUUCCAAAAAGGAAAGAAAAGGUUUCUUUGUGGUUGAGGUGGUUGGUGCUGGUUUAAUUUGGCAACAUGGUAAGUUACAUACGCUCUUAAUGUAACGCCUUGCUAUGUUUGGGGUAAUGUGUAUGCUCAUUUGUAAUUUGUACAACUUUUUUCUUGAAAGGCUUCUUUUGAUUUUG